AUGGGUCCCACCGCCUGCGUUCUAGUGCUCGCUCUGGCUGCCAUGAGUGCGACCGGACAGGGCCAGAUCCCCCUGGGUGGAGACCUGGCCCCACAGAUGCUGCGAGAACUUCAGGAGACCAACGCGGCGCUGCAGGACGUGAGGGAGCUGUUGAGACAGCAGGUCAAGGAGAUCACGUUCCUGAAGAAUACAGUGAUGGAAUGUGACGCAUGCGGGAUGCAGUCCGCGCGCACUCCGGGCCUGAGCGUGCGGCCAGUAUCGCUCUGCGCUCCGAGCUCCUGCUUCCCCGGCGUGGUCUGCACGGAGACGGCGAACGGCGCGCGCUGCGGCCCCUGCCCUCCCGGCUACACUGGCAACGGCUCGCACUGCACCGACGUUAAUGAGUGCAACGCUCACCCCUGUUUCCCGCGCGUGCGGUGCGUCAAUACCAGCCCUGGCUUUCACUGCGAUGUCUGUCCGCCUGGGUACAGCGGCCCCACCCACGAGGGCGUGGGGCUGGCCUUCGCCAAGACCAACAAACAGGUUUGCACGGAUAUUAACGAGUGUGAGACCGGGCAACACAACUGCGUCCCAAACUCCAUGUGUGUCAAUACCCGGGGCUCCUUCCAGUGUGGCCCCUGCCAGCCCGGCUUCGUGGGUAACCAGACGUCAGGCUGCCAGCGGCGUGGGCAGCGCUUCUGUCCCGAUCGGUCACCCAGCCCGUGCCAUGAGAAAGCGGACUGCGUCCUGGAGCGCGACGGUUCGAGGUCCUGUGUGUGUGCAAUCGGUUGGGCCGGCAACGGGCUCCUCUGCGGCCGCGACACGGACCUGGAUGGUUUCCCGGACGAGAAGCUGCGCUGCUCAGAGCGCCAUUGCCGCAAGGAUAACUGCGGGACGGUGCCCAACUCGGGCCAGGAGGACGUGGACCGCGACGGCAUCGGAGACGCUUGCGACCCGGACGCGGAUGGGGAUGGAAUCCCCAACGAGCAGGACAACUGCCCGCUGGUUCGAAACCCAGACCAGCGCAACUCGGACAGCGAUAAGUGGGGAGAUGCUUGUGACAACUGCCGGUCCCAGAAGAAUGAUGACCAGAAAGAUACAGACCAGGAUGGCCGGGGCGAUGCCUGUGACGACGACAUUGAUGGCGACAGAAUAAAAAAUGUAGCUGACAACUGUCCCAGGGUGCCCAACGCUGACCAGAGUGACAGCGAUGGUGAUGGCGUUGGGGAUGCCUGUGACAACUGUCCCCAGAAAGACAACCCGGAUCAGAGAGAUGUGGAUCACGACUUUGUGGGCGAUGCCUGUGACAGCGACCAGGACCAGGAUGGGGAUGGACACCAGGAUUCCUGGGACAACUGCCCCACAGUGCCCAACAGCGCCCAGCAGGACUCGGACCACGAUGGCGAGGGCGAUGCCUGUGAUGACGACGACGACAACGACGGAGUCCCUGACAACCAGGACAACUGCCGCCUGGUGCCCAACUCGGGCCAGGAGGACAGUGACAGGGAUGGCGUGGGUGACGCGUGUCAGGGCGACUUUGACGCUGACAAGGUCGUAGACAAGAUCGACGUGUGCCCCGAGAAUGCGGAGGUCACUCUCACCGACUUCAGGGCCUUCCAGACCGUAGUGCUGGAUCCCGAGGGGGAUGCGCAGAUUGAUCCCAACUGGGUGGUGCUCAAUCAGGGAAUGGAGAUCGUGCAGACCAUGAACAGCGACCCUGGCCUAGCUGUGGGUUACACAGCCUUCAAUGGCGUAGACUUCGAGGGCACAUUCCAUGUGAACACGGUCACUGAUGAUGACUAUGCUGGCUUCAUCUUCGGUUACCAGGACAGCUCGAGUUUCUACGUGGUCAUGUGGAAACAGAUGGAGCAGACAUACUGGCAGGCCAACCCCUUCCGGGCGGUGGCCGAACCAGGGAUCCAGCUCAAGGCUGUCAAGUCCUCCACGGGUCCUGGGGAACAGCUCCGAAAUGCACUGUGGCACACGGGGGACACAGCAUCCCAGGUGCGGCUGCUGUGGAAGGAUCCUCGCAAUGUGGGCUGGAAGGAUAAGACCUCCUACCGCUGGUUCCUGCAGCACCGGCCUCAAGUUGGCUACAUCAGGGUGCGAUUCUAUGAGGGUCCUGAGCUAGUGGCUGACAGCAACGUGGUGCUGGACACGGCCAUGCGUGGUGGUCGCCUGGGUGUCUUCUGCUUCUCCCAAGAGAACAUCAUCUGGGCUAACCUGCGCUACCGCUGCAAUGAUACACUCCCUGAGGACUACGGGAAUCACCAGCUGCAGAGGGCCUAG